GAACGCAGCGCCGACCACAAGACAAACAUGGCGACCUCCUUCGGCAUGGUUGUUAGACUUGGAGGCUCUGCUCUGACAGCGUUCAAGCCGGUAGCCAGACGCUGCUCACGGCGGCCAACGAGUGUAAUCAUCUCGAAUCGCUUGGCACAUGAAUCUCGCAGUAGUUUGUAUGAACAUGUCCGUGAAGGUUACAGCGACAAACCGGAGCUGGACAUGACUACGGUGUGUGAGGAGACUGACAAAGUCAUAGCAAAUGUGGAGAGGAGGAAGGGCGAGCUGCAAGGGGACGAUGUCAGGAAGAUUGUGUGUGUGUGGCAGCAGCUACAAGCAGUGCGAACAGAAAUCUCUGAUCUGGAGAAGCAGAAGCAACUCAUCAGUGAAAAAGUCAAAGAGCUAGUGAACAAGAAUGAUAAGAAAGCCCUCGCUAAUCUUCCAGAGUACAACCAGGCUCGGCAGACGGGUCGAGAGAUCCGCAACAGACUCACUGAGCUUUAUCCCAAAGAGGGGGAACUGGAGCAUGAACACUAUGGACGAGCACUCAGACUGCCCAACAACACACACCCUGAUGUGCCAAUUGGAGAUGAGAGCCAGGCAAGGGUAGUGGAGUUGGUAGGACAGAAACCAGAGUUUGACUUCAAGCCCAGGGGCCACGUGGAGCUGGGGGAGGAGCUGGGCCUUAUCAGGCAGAGACACCUAGCUCACGUCUCAGGUCAUAGGUCAUACUAUCUAAGGGGAGCUGGAGCCAGACUUCAGAUUGCACUGCAAAACUUUGCCCUUAGCACAUUGCAGCGUCGGGGCUUCAUUCCCAUGGUUGUGCCUGACAUGCUGAAGGGGGCAGUGUUUGAGGGAUGUGGGAUGCAGCCCAACGCGCACCGAUCCCAAGUCUACGCACUAAACCCGGCUCGGUUCCCAGACCUCAACCUGGCUGGGACUGGAGAGGUUGGAGUUGCAGGCUAUUUCAUGGAUCACGCUGUUAACUGGAAGGAUCUGCCUGUUCGGACCGUGUGCAGCAGCACAUGCUACAGAGCUGAGACCGACACUGGCAGAGAGGCGUGGGGGCUCUACAGAGUUCACCACUUCAACAAGGUGGAGAUGUUUGGAGUGACAGCAGCUGAAACGGGAGAAGAGAGCACUCAGCUGUUGGAGGAGUUUGUCUCUUUACAGAAAGAGAUUUUUUCUGCUCUGGAACUACACUACAGAGUGCUGGACAUGCCGACUCAGGAACUGGGUCCUCCAGCGUACAGGAAGUAUGACAUUGAAGCCUGGAUGCCUGGCAGGAACAGCUAUGGAGAGAUUUCCAGUGGGUCCAACUGUACAGACUACCAGAGCAGACGUCUGAACAUCCUGUAUGAGAGAGAGGAUGGCAGCCUGCAGUACGCCCACACAGUUAAUGCUACAGCUUGUGCCAUACCACGGACCAUCAUUGCCAUCUUAGAAACUCAUCAGACCAAAGAAGGAACGGUUCGUGUUCCCCAGGCCCUGCAGCCAUAUCUGGGUCUAGAAGUGAUCGAAAAGCCCAAGUACAGUCCAGUCAAAUACAUCGGACCAAACCAGCACAGUCGGCCCCCUCGGCCUUCUCCAAAGACUAGAUGACACAGAUAGAAGUGUAGCUUUGAUGUAAAAUAUCAGCCGUGCACACCUGAGGUUUGGAUCGGUUCAGUCACCGGUGUCAAAAACAAAGGUCAAUGUUAAAUAAAACAUUCUUCAUGCAGGGUGUUUUAUUGUGUAUUGAAUAUUGAGGGGCAUGAUCAUGUGCUUGAGAUUAAUAAACUUCUGUUAAAUCAUG